GUCAAACCUCAUAAAUUUCAGAUAGCCGAUUUCUAGUAGCAGUAUUUAUAUGAAAAUAGUUAAAUAAAUUAUUAAUUCCACCUAAAUCUUAUAAAAUAUCAAAUGAAACAGUAAACCAAUAUUGAAACCAGUUUCUAUUGAUUGGUCGUCGUUGGCUAUCCUGUGAUCAAAAUUCAAAUUAAACAGUGCACUUCCAUUAUAAAUAGAAAUAGAUAUUCCUAACCUCAAAGAUAUUUUUACAAUAUAAACGAUUCAAUCAAAUUUGGAGUAUUUGUCAAAUAAGAGUAACUGGCGAACGAAAUGAUGUUCUAAAUAACGACCUAUAUUACAAAAUCUCCCAGGUUUGUAAGAUGGAAGACGAAAUAGAUGACAAAAUAUUUUACCAAACAUAUGUUUCCCACAUGAAAAUAAUGUCUCGAAUAGCAUGGAGUAUCCCUUUAAAAUUAUCUCAUAUCACAUUCACAUCCCACAUUUGGAAAUUGUUGAAAAUAUAUGUAAUGAAACCGGAAUUCAUCAUUUUUGGAGCUUUGGUGUUAUUUGUGUUAAUUUAUAUCCAAGCUGUAGAUGAAUGGAGUCGUAAUUUAUUAGGUAGAUUCCAGUCUAAUAUUGGAAGAUCAGCAACCAGAUCCAAAAUUGAACGGCUCAAUUUCUUCAGCAACACAGAUGUGGAAAAGUCCAGCUGGCAAAUGAAAGUAGGUGCAGUUGCUGCUUAUGCUGUACAGGGAAGGAGACCAAAAAUGGAAGAUAGGUUUGUUAUAAAUGAUAAUAUAAAUAAUACAGGGGUUGCUUUAUUUGCUGUAUUUGAUGGUCAUGGGGGAGAAUUUGCUGCUAACUAUGCCAAAGAAAAACUUACUCAAAAUUUACUUGACAAAGUUAUUGAAAUAAAAGAUAUAAUAUCAGGUCAGCCAAUAAAAAAGGAAUCAAAAGAAAUUGAGGAAGAAGAGAAAAUGGAUCCUGAAAAACCUAUCACUCCUAUCCAACGUAGAAAAAGUUUUCGCAGAAUCAGUUCAACUACUGAUGAAUGUAAAGGAGUCAAGGAAAUAACUGAUGUUCAGCUACUAUCAAAAAUAGAUAGUAUUCAGCCAAUUAGUAAAAGCUCAAAACCGUUGAAAACAACCCCCAGCUUCAAAAAAGUUCCUGUUACCAAUUAUUUUGAUAAAUUUGGUACUGUGAAUUAUGAAAAGUUAUUAACUGAUGAAGUUUUAGCAGCAGAUGAAACUUUAGUAGAAAUUGCAAAAAAAAGUUUUGAUGUUGCAGGAACCACAGCUUUAAUAGCUAUUCUUGAAGGGACUAGACUAAUUGUAGCAAAUGUUGGGGACUCGAGAGGAGUAAUGUGUGAUGCAAAAGGCAAUGCUAUUCCAUUAUCAUUUGAUCACAAACCUCAGCAGAUGAGAGAACGUAAAAGAAUCAAAGCUGCUGGGGGUUUUGUUACCUUCAAUGGAGUUUGGCGAGUAGCUGGAAUAUUAGCUACCAGUAGAGCUCUAGGAGAUUAUCCACUAAAAGAUAAAAAAUUGGUUAUUGCCGAUCCAGAUAUUCUAACUUUUGAUUUGAAAGAUCACAAGCCCUCUUUUAUAGUAUUGGCAUCUGAUGGAUUAUGGGACACAUUUACAAAUGAAGAAGCGAUCAAUUUUGUUAAAGAAAGAUUAAAUGAACCUGAUUAUGGUGCUAAAAGUUUAACUUUACAAUCAUACUAUAGGGGCUCAUUAGAUAACAUAACUGUCGUAAUCAUCAAUUUCAAAGAUAAUAUUUUUAGCAAGUAUACAGCUACAGCAUGAUCAUAAAACUGAAGAAACCAUUUUAUUGGAGAAUGAAUAAAUUAACACCUAAAUAAUAAUACUUCAAUACUCUUGAAUAUAGUUUUGAAAAUGUUUCUGGUUUGUUUCAUUUAUAUACAUUUUUGAAUAAGCAUAAGUUUUAUUUUGAAAUUAUUAUGAAUGUUAGAAAAAUCUAUUUUUUUGGUAACUUUAUGAAUCUGCCAUUAUGUGUCAUUACAAAAUUUAUUUGAAAGUUAAUCUGUCAACUUGAUAAAUGAUUGUUAGAUCAUCUAACACUACUUGAUAACUUUGUUGUAUUAAUAAUUUAUUUCUAAAUUUUCAACUCAGUUUGAAGAUAUGACAUACAGUUGGAUUAACUUUUAUAUAUAAAACAUAAUCGAAUUAUUUAUAGUACAAAAAAUGUUUUCACAUUUACAAAUUAUGAUCUGUGACUAAAUAUUCUUACGAGAUUGUGCUCACUUGAGCAGCAAGAUAAAAUCUUGCUAUAUAUGUAUAUUGUAUCUUUACCAAAUUUCGACUGAACUGCUUACAGAUAUUUUCAGUGGCGAUUAUUAAAAUUUUUGUGAUGUCAAUGAGCCUUUUAUAUAUACAAAUGGUUCAGAAUUAUGUACUUUAAUUUCUAGAGUUGAUAAUAUGUUCAAAAACAAGAGUACUAUUUCAGGUAUACUUUUUCUGAAAAUUGAUGAUAAGGGAAGUAAAAACCUUAAAAAGGUUGAAUUGAAACAUAAUUUUUCUAAUAAAUAUCAAAGUUUUGAUUACUGAGUUUAAAUUAUGGGAUAUUGAGUUGAUUAAUUUUAUGUUAUCACCUACCUAAUCCCAUGUAAAUAUAAGGUAAUUUUGGAAGGUUAGAUUCGAUUAACAAUAAAAUGCAUGUAUACCUCCUAUUUUAAAUAAAUUGAAAACAGUUAUAUUUAUCAAAUUACUCUUAGAAAAGAAAAUAAUUUCUUAAAACUAACAAGAAUUAAUGAUACCUUCCAAAACCUAUUUAUAUGGGAUGCACUAAGUGGUGACAUUACAUUAAUAUCUUAAAUUAAAUGUUCAAUUCCAAAAAUAUUUUGAAAAAUAAACUUUCCAAUUCAACCAUUUACAGAGUUCUAUCUAUCUUAGUCUUCAGUUUUAUCUAAAAGUGUACAUAAAACUACCAUUAUUUUUGGACAUACACUCAGCUCUAGAAAUGAAUUUUUAUAAUUCCGGAUCACCUUGUAUAUAGAUCUAAUGCAUUUUUGUGAUAAUUACAAAAAAAACAAUAUAAAAAGCCAAGUGUGAUAGGAAACUAAGCAUUAAGUUUUGAUGGAGUGUAUUUUUUCUUGCAAUUGUUUUUUUUUAAUAUAGUUAUACAUUCUUUAUAGAAGCUAAAUGCUUUGGGCAAUUUAAGAUUUCACUUACCUUAGAAAUCUGGAAGCUUACUCGAUAUAUGAUGAUAGUUUAUGUCGAGUUAAAAAUCUUCCGGAUUCGAAAUAUACAGUGUUUUGGGACUUGAUGCAAAAAAUUGGGGGAUUGAGUAGAUGACGUGAAAAUAAUGCUGUGACAUCCAAAAAAUUUUUCUCAUAUGGCCCCUCGUUUCUGAGUUAUAGACAUUUAAAGUUGCGAAAUCAGAACUUAUAUUUUCUAAUUUAUAUAUCAGAACAUUAUGAAUGUUUAAUGGAUGAUUACAAAUGUCCAUGUAGUGUGUUUGAUGAAAUAAAUAAUUCUACACUACUAUCUGAGGGCCAGGGGCGGUUCAUGCCCAAUGGUUAACAAUUUGCAACUUUUACAGGGACAACCUGUAAAAUCUAAAAAUAGGAAAAAUGAAUCUAUUUUUUAACAAAAAGGUACUCUUUGUUUAAUUGGAUAAAAUUUAUGGCUUAGGAGAUAUGUAGACCAUUAUACAUGCCAAGGAAACUGUUCGCACUAGAGACAUUUUGAAGAAAAUUAUCAUAAAUUGUAAUUAUGUAAUUGUAAUUAAAAAUACCUACAGGAGGUAUCAAAACAUAAUCAAAAAUCAACAUCGAUUUUGCGUUAAUGUGUGUAAUGGGUAAUAAUUUAUCAGGUCCAUAUGUGUUUGAUAAUAACCUGAAUGGUCAGCGCUACUUAAAAGUUUCUCCAAAAUGAUUUUCCUUCCAUGUUACAUGAUAUUCCUCUAAACAUUCACAAUGGAGCCCCUCCCCACUUCUAAAAUUGUCAAAAUUCAUCUUCAUCAUCAUUUAAUAGGUGGAUUGGUCAGGGAGGUCAAUUUGCAUGGUCACCACGUUUCCUUCAAUUAAAUACAAUUUAGUUUUUGGGAUAUCUAGAAAGCUGGGUAUAUGCAACACCGGUAAACACAAGGAACGAUAGAAUAAACUUCCACUGUGAUGAUAUAAGGCAGAAUCUUGGAAUGUUCUUCCAAUUUUAAAGAAUUAUCCUCCGUGGACUCCGGAAAUGUGUAGAAGUGCAAGUUGUCCACUUCUAACAUUCAUUAUAGUUUUUUUUUAUUUAAUAAGUUUUAGGCUAUCCAACUAAAUUUUUCUAUAUUUCAAUUUUUUCCUUAUGUAAGUAACACGAUACUCGAUAGUAUGCAAUUAGAAAUGUUUGAUUGUGUUCUAAUGGCAAGUAUUUUCAAUAAAUAAUCACUAUUUAUGAUAAUUUCUUCGGAAUGUCUUUAUAGCGAUCGAUUUCCUUGGCAUGUAUAACGACCUAUAAAUCUAUAUAACUCCGAAACCAUAAAUUUUAUCGAGUCAAACAAAGAGUAUCUUUUUUGAAAAAUCGAUUGAACAAUUAAUUUUUGCUAUCUUUAGAUUGUACAGGUUGUCCCUGUAAAAGUUACGGAUUGUUAAUCAUUAGGCCUUCAGAUAGUAGUGUAGAACUAUUUAUUCCGUCAAACACGGAUAUCCAUUAAAAAUUCAUAACGUUCGAAUGUAUAGUUUAGAAAGUACAUUUGAAUGAGUUCUUAUUUCGAACUUUAAAGGCCCAUAACUCAGACACGAAGGGUCGUGUUAAAAAAUUUUUUUAAUGUCACAGCAUUAUUUUUACAUCAUCUACUCAUUUCCGAAUUUUUUGCAUCAAAUCCCGAAACACCCUUUAUAUGUAUUGUAGUUGUGACAAUUCUCUCGUUAAUUGUCGCUGGAACUGUGUUAUCCUUUUAAGGUAAGCCAGAGAGUAUAUAUACACAUUUCUAUUUUUCUUUUCAAGAUCGUGUUAAUUUUGAUUUUCACAUAUUUGUGCUGUGCCAAAGAUUAUUGUGAUUUUAAAUAGUUAUUUCUUUGUAAAUCGCUGUGAAAUAAAUGUUGUGGUUAUUUU